CUCCCCCCUAUGUCAUAUAAAGCGGAUUGGUUGGACCUCUGCGUUGGCAGUUAUUCACGUUUAGCUCUCGAACGCACGUUUGUUACAAAACUACAAUGAAGGCAGCUACUUUGUUUGUUUUUGCUCUGGUGAUUGUGGCAGUAUCCUGCCGUCCCGACAAGCCUGACCUGAAGCAAGUCAAGGCCGAGGCAGCUCGCAAGAAGGCCUGCAUGCACGAUUGCACCUCCGUGGCAUUAGACCCCAUCUGCGCCGGCAAGCAAGGAGAGAAGCCCAAGUCUUUCGGCAAUGAAUGCGUCAUGAACAACUACAACUGUGAACACCAUGACACUCUUCACAAGAUCAGCAAAGGCGAGUGUGCCGGCUCAGACGGAAUCCGCCUCUCUUAACUCAAGUACAUUACAAAUUUACAAAGAGCUCUCUGAAUAUUGAAGGCUAUUGAUUUAUUUUAAGAAAAAUAAAUUGUUCUUCGCUUAUUAACUAAUAUCAAAGAAGCUGUGAUUAGAGAUUUAGCUUGGUAUCCUCAAAUACUGUUAAGAGUGUUGAUAUUUUAUAUUUUGAUUAUUUUAUGUGUAUUAAAUGAUGUAAGUUAACAGUUAA